GAGGGCGGCGGGACCAGUCGCACCUGCGCUCGGCGCGGGAGCCGGCGCGGCGAGGAGCGCUGGCGCUAACCGUCGGUACUUUUGCGGAGGAUGCGGGUCCACCGACCAUAAUUAUAACGGUUGUCGGUUCCGGGACUACACCUGUAGUAGGUGCAAGCGCACCGGACAUCUACGGCGAGUGUGUCCCCAGAAUGGGGACAGGGACACCUCGAGGAGUGGUGGCAGCGGCGCCGGUGGUAACAAAUACUCGGCGAUUCAUUACGGGGACGCGAAGGAAGAAUCGUCGGCGGACGAAGGGAUGCAGGAGGAGGAUUUUCAUCAUUUAUGCUUAAAUGACUACAAAGCAGUAUAAAGUAUUGUUCAGCGGCGGUUUGGGGCGGUACACGGGUGGCAAGGCGACCCUGCGCGUACGUGAAGGCGCGACCCCGGUGUUCCACCGUGCGCGGCCGGUGCCGUACGCGCUGCGCGAGCGAAUGGAUAGCGAGCUUGACGCGAUGUUACGUGAGGGAGUCAUCGAGCCCGUCGACCACUCCGACUGGGCGUCGCCCCUCGUGCCGGUAAAUAAAGCUGAUGGAGGGUUGAGAAUCUGUGCUGAUUAUAAAGCUACUAUUAACCCAGUUUUGUUAAUUGAUAGGUAUCCUCUGCCUAAAAUAGAUGAUCUUAUGGUAAACUUAAGCGGGGCACAAUAUUUUUCAAAAAUAGACCUUUCUCAAGCCUAUAACCAGAUAGAGCUAGACGAGACAAAAAUAUAUACCGUUAUAAACACUCACCGGGGUUUAUAUAGGUACAAUAGACUAGUAUACGGGUUAUCGUCUAGCCCGGGGAUAUUCCAACGAAUAAUGUGCAAUCUGUUGAAAGACAUUCCUAAUGUCGAAGUUUUCCUAGACGACGUUAUCAUUGGAGGUAGAACUAAGCAGGAACAUUUGUUGGCAUUAGAAUCAGUUUUUUCUAAAUUAAGUCAAAACGGAUUAAAGUUGAAGAGCGAUAAGUGUGUUUUCUUAGUCAAAGAGGUGGGUUAUUUGGGUUAUAUAAUAAAUAAAGAGGGAAUUAAGACGGACCCGUCAAAAAUUGAAGCUAUUGCGAGCAUACCUACUCCUUCAAAUGUCACAGAAUUAAGGUCGUUUCUGGGAUUAUUAAAUUUCUAUGGAAAAUUUAUUAAAAAUAUGAGUGGAAAAUUGUUUCCAUUAUAUGACCUUCUGAAAAAGGGUAAGGAGUGGGUUUGGUCCAUAGAAUGCGAAAGAGCAUUUGUAGAAAUAAAAAGAAUUUUAUCAAGCGCGGAAGUAUUGGUUCAUUACGAUCCGAAGAAACCGCUCAUCGUCACCUGCGACGCGAGUUCGCGAGGGGCAGGGGGGGUGCUGACUCAGCCCGGCGCGGACGGCUGCGAGCGGCCGGUCGUGUAUGCGUCACGCACGCUUAACGACGCUGAGAAAAAAUAUUCACAAAUACAUAAGGAGGCUCUGGCUAUUAUUUUUUGUAUAAAGAAAUUUCACCAAUAUUUAUACGGCCGCCGAUUUACUUUGAGGACGGAUCAUAAACCGUUAGUAUCGAUAUUUGGUCCAAACACGGGUAUACCGACUAUGAUAGCCAGCCGCAUGCAGCGAUGGGCUAUAAUCUUAUCUGCCUACUCGUUUAAUAUCGAGUACAUUCGCACUGACGAAAAUGGCGCGGACGGCUUGUCGCGAUUGCCUGUCGAGGUACAGUCUUCGGGUGGCGGGGCGGCGGCGGCGCCGACGCUGACACUACCGGAGCAAACUUACCUACAUUACGUACAAGACGCGUUAUUUUUAGAUUAUACUGAAAUUAAGCGUCAGACUACACGGGACCCGAUUCUAGCAAAAGUGUUAAAUUAUAUUCGCGUUGGGUGGCCGGAACAAUGUGAGGUAGUCAAUUUACUACCAUUUUAUAAUAGAAAAAAAGAACUUUAUGAGGAAUUAGGGUGUGUCAUGUGGGGACAUAGAUUAGUGGUACCUGAAAACUGUAAAAACAAAAUUUUGUCCAUGUUACACGAGCCCCAUAUGGGUAUUGUAAAAUCCAAGGCCUUAGCUCGGAGCUAUGUGUGGUGGCCGGGGGUGGACGAGGCGGUGCAGCGUAUGUGUCAGGAGUGCGCGGUGUGCGCGGCGCAGGCCGAUGCGCCCACAAAGCAGGCUCCGUGCAUGUGGCCGUGGCCUAACAGGGCCUGGACGCGAUUACAUUUAGAUUUUAUGGGGCCCAUAGCCGGAAAAACUUAUCUGGUCGUUAUCGACGCCACGUCAAAGUGGAUAGAAAUUUUUAACAUGUCGAGUACUUCAGCGGGUGCACUUAUUGAUCGGUUGUACGAAUUAUUUAGCCGGUGGGGGCUGCCCAAGCAGAUUGUAAGUGAUAAUGGUCCACAAUUUGCGUCGGGGGAAUUAGAAAGUUUUAUUAAAAGUAACGGUAUAGAACACAUAUUCACAGCCCCAUACCAUCCGGCAUCGAACGGACUUGCAGAAAAUGCGGUUCGUACUCUUAAGCGGGUUAUAAAAAAGGCAUUAAUUGAAAAGAAAAAUGUAGACAGGGCGUUAUGGACAUUUUUAAUACAUUAUAGGAAUGUGGAGCAUUCAACAACGGGCGAAAGCCCCGCAAUGCUUCUGUUAGGUAGGCGUAUUAGAACUCGGUUAGAUGCUAUUAAGCCGGACAGGGAAGAACAAGUUCACCGCGCCCAGCAAAGACAGCAACGAGCGGCGGGGGGUGGCAGCAGAGGAAUGGACAGGGAAGAGGAAGUUUGGUAUAGGCAGUAUUUAAAAGGUGAAAAAUGGGUGCCAGGCCGCAUAGUAGAUCGCUUAGGGGCGUCUAAUUAUAAAGUAAUAGGUGAAGCAGGGGAAACGGUGCAUAAACACAUAAACCAGCUACGCAAAAGGUCUGGUAGUAAUCGGCUAUCCAUGGUAUCUACAGUUACAUUAAAAAGUGAACAAUCAAAUACAGAUUCUCAACCAUCCGGUUCGGGUAUCGGCACUGAUUCUCCGGUGGCGAGGCAGUCGGAGGGGUCGCCGGGCCUGGGGACGCCCGGGAGCUCGUCCAGUAGCAUAGUGGAAGAAAUGGGGAAUGCGCAUAGCGAGGAGACUGAUCCUCUAGCUUCUCCAGAGUGGCAUUUUACCUCGCCGACCACGUCACCGCCCCGAACUCGUCCAAUUAGAACGUGCCGUAUUAAAAACAUACCUAAAUAUAAAUUCUAG